AUGACACGAAGCUUCCCUUUCAAGCUGGACGAUCCGUCCCUCCUUCACGAGGAAUCACUAUUGAAUGGCCAAUGGGUCCAAGCUCAGUCCGGAAAACGGUUCGACGUUGAGGAUCCUGGCUCUGGUCAGAUCUGGGCCACCAGUCCCGCUAACGACGUCGCCGAUGUUGACAAGUAUGUUGAGUCGUCAGAAGCGGCCUUCCAAAGCUACCGCCAUAUGAAUCCUCGCCAACGAGCCAAGAUCCUACUCAAGUGGCACGAGCUCAUCACCAAUGCACGACAAGACAUCGCCAAGAUCGUCGUCUUCGAGACCGGUAAACCCAUGGCAGAAGCUCUUGGCGAGGUAGAUUACGCUCUUGGCUUCGCUUGGUGGUUCGCCGGCGAGGCUGAGCGUAUCAGAGGUUCUGUUGCCCAACCCUCUAUCUCCAAUCGUCGAACUUUUGUCAUCAAGCAGCCGAUCGGUGUAUGUGUUGCUCUCGUCCCUUGGAACUUCCCAGUUGCUAUGAUUAUCCGCAAGGUAUCGGCUGCUCUAGCCGCAGGAUGUACCAUGAUUGUCAAACCGUCCCCAGAAACACCAUUUAGUGUCAUGGCCCUAGCAGACCUUGCUCUUCGCGCUGGUCUGCCUGCAGGAGUGCUGAACGUUAUCUCAACUGAUAACGCCAAUACCCCAUCGGUCAGCGAGACACUCUGCAAGCACCCGCUCGUCCGCAAGGUCACCUUUACAGGUAGUACCUCUGUAGGGAGCAUCGUUGCAAGACAUUGCAGCCAUGGGUUGAAGAAGGUCACUAUGGAGUUGGGUGGAAAUUGCCCUUUCAUCAUUUUUGAUGACGGUGAUCUUGAGGGAGCAGUUGCAGCUCUCAUGAUACUCAAGUGGCGAACAGCAGGCCAAGCUUGCACCCACGCAAAUCGAGUCUAUGUCCAAAGCGGCGUUUACGACAAGUUUGCGCAGAUGAUGCUUGAGGCGACUAGCAAGCUCCGCGUGGGCCAUGGAGCUGAUUCUGGUUCUACUAUGGGGCCGCUCACCACUAGUCGCGGGGUUGAUAAAGUCAGAAAACAUGUUGAGGAUGCUGUCAGCAAAGGCGGCAAGAUCCUUUGCGGAGGCAAGCAGCCCGAGAAUCUGAAUGGGUACUUCUUCGAACCAACCAUCAUCUCAGGCAUGACCUCAGACAUGCUCACAACUCAAGAAGAGAUCUUUGGACCUAUACUGGGUCUGUACAAGUUCGAAACUGAAGAUGAGGUUGUGAAGAAAGCGAAUGAUACAUCAAUGGGCUUAGCAUCUUACUUCUUCACUAAAGAUGUCUCCCGAACCUGGAGACUUUUGGAAAGCCUCGAAGCUGGAAUGAUCGGGAUGAAUACUGGGAAUGCCUCUUGUGCCGAGUCUCCAUUCGGUGGAAUCAAGAUGUCGGGAUAUGGCAAGGAAGCAGGCAAGGAUGUGGCUAUUGAGGAGUAUCUCAUCCAGAAGACGGGCACUUUGACUGUUAACGAUGGUCCCAAGUUGUGA